AGGUCGAAGUUGAAAAAGACGCGGGAAAUCAAAACCAGUGACUCCUUCCAGAUAGAUAUCUCUUCGGCAGUGUUCCCUAGUUCUAUCGCCCAAACCACGAUGGAUCUGUGUGACUUUGAGGAGGAUAACACGAAAAGUUGUGUAGUUGGAUCUGAAGUUCCGGACGUGACGAAAGGAGAGCCGUGCUGUCUCGGAAUCGACGAGGCAGGCAGAGGCCCCGUACUCGGACCAAUGGUGUACGGCAUCUGUUACUGCCCACUGUCUGGGCAGGACCGGCUCAAGGACAUGGGAUUCGCAGAUUCUAAAACCCUGACAGAGGAGCAGCGAGAGAAGCUGUUUGAAGCCAUUGCCGGGGCAGGAGAAUUCAUGGGCUGGACCAUCCACAUCCUGGCUCCUAACGCCAUCUCCAACUGCAUGCUCCGCAGGAGUAAGUACAACCUGAACACCCUGUCUCAUGACACAGCCAUCGGCCUCAUCCAGAGGACUUUAGACAGCGGGGUCAAUCUGCAGGAGGUGUAUGUGGACACAGUGGGUGAUGCAUCCAAGUACCAGGACAAGUUGAAGGGUAUCUUCCCUGACCUUGACAUCACAGUCACUCCCAAGGCUGAUGCCAAGUUCCCUAUUGUCAGUGCUGCCAGCAUAUGUGCCAAGGUAGCCCGAGACAGGGCUGUGAAAGGUUGGGGGUUCUUUGAGGAGACAGAGGACAGCGCUAUCAGCCGAAAGUUCGGCUCUGGGUAUCCCAGUGAUCCUGACACAAAGAAGUGGCUGGCCGGCAUGGUGGAUCCGGUGUUCGGUUUCCCCCAGUUUGUCCGCUUCAGCUGGUCCACUGCCAGCAAGAUACUGGACGACAAGGCCGUCCCUGUCAACUGGGAUGAUGAGGAUGAGGAUGAAAAGGCAGCGACCCCGUCUGUCUUGUCCUUCUUUGCUGCUAAGGGAGAGGAUCCAAAGCAGAAGAAACACCAGUAUUUCCAGGAACGCUUUCUUCACUCAGUAACAGACUUUGGGUCUUAAUGUGAUGUGAAAUAAAACAAGUUGAUCCACAAUGUAUUGUAAAAAACACACUGACAGUUGGGAUAUCUUAGCAAUAGCCUGUAUCAAGUAGACUGUAAACCGAUGAUGAGUGAUAUUUUGAUUCUCAUGUUUUUUGUGGAUAGCAUAAAGUGUUGCUACAUUCAGAAAUAUAAUUCUACAGUUUAGCUGUA